GCAGCAGCGUCUGCGCUCGCUCCGCUCGGCCCGCCUCGGCCUCCUCCUCGCCCGCUCCCCUCCCCCCGGCCCCGGCCGGCCCGGGCGGAGCGCGAUGCCCAACCCGCUGGCGGUGGCGGCGGCGGCGGCGGGCGGCGGGCACGCGGGCGGCCGCUGCUCGGCCUACAAGCUGGCGCUGGCCGCGCUGCUGGCCGUGGCGCUGCUGCAGUUCGUCUACCUGUCGCUGCUGGCCGGGCUGCACGGGCGCGAGCAGCGGCGCCGCUACGGGCAGCUCUUCCCCGGCGGGGCGGCCCUGGGCGCCAGCCUGCAGCGCCGCGCCGCCGAGAGCGCCAAGGAGCAGCUGAGGGCCGUGCUGGCCGCGGGGGGGGCCCUGGAUGCCAGCGGCGACUACCGCGUAUACCGGCACGUGCUGGGGGACCCCUCGCGCCGCCCGCGCGAUGCCCUGCUGCUGGCCACGCACACCAGCCUCAGCAACCUGGGCCAUGUGGGCACGCUGCUGGAGCGCUGGGCUGGCCCUCUGGCCGUGGCCGUGUUCGCGGCGCGCCCGGAGGAGGCGCAGCUGGCCACGGUGCUGACCUACGCGCUGGGCGCGCUCUGCACGCAGGCCGUGCGCGACCGCCUCACCAUGCACCUGGUGUGCCCCGCGCGCACCGAGGCCGCGGUGCCCGACCCCCGCGAACCCGGCGAGUUCGCGCGCAUCAGCAGCUGCACCGACGUGUUCACGAGCAUGGGCGCCCGGAGCCGCUCGGGCCGCAACUACGCGCUGGCCACCAACGUCUCCUACCCCAACAACCUGCUGCGGAACGUGGCCCGAGAGGGCGCCGGCCACGCCCUCGUCGUGGAUGUGGACAUGGUGCCCAGCGAGGGGCUCUGGACCGGCCUGCUGGAGCUGCUGGCCCUGGGCGAGGGCAAGGCCGGCAGGGCGCUGGUGGUGCCGGCCUUCGAGAUCCGCCAGGGGGUCCGGGUCCCCCGCACGAAGAUCGAGCUGAUGCGUUUCCUGAAGAUGGGACAUGUGCGCCCAUUCUACGCUGAACUGUGCCCCCGAUGCCAGGCCCCCACCAACUACACCCGAUGGCUCACUCUGCCCCCAGGGGGACCCCUGCGCCCUGCCUAUCGGGUGACCUGGCAGGACCCCUGGGAGCCCUUCUAUGUGGCUGGAGGGGCAGUGCCCUCCUACGAUGAGAGGUUUCGCCAGUACGGCUUCAACCGCAUCAGCCAGGCCUGUGAACUCCACGUGGCGGGGUACGAGUUUGAGGUGCUGAACGAUGCUUUCCUGGUUCACAAGGGUUUCAAGAUGCCAGGGGAUUUCCACCCCCAGAAGGAGGCAGAGAAUCAGCGCAACAAAAUCCUCUUCCGCCAGUUUAAACAGGAGUUGAAGAUGAAAUACCCAGACUCCCCCAGGCGAUGCUGAGCUACUGACCCACCUAUUGAGGGGCCUCCAAAGGCAGGGGCUGAGGCCUUUGGCUCUUCAGGUUGCCCCCUCAAGCCUGAGGGAGGCAAGAGGGGCUGACCCGGUCCUUCCCCCUGGGGGUGGGCCUUUUUUAGGUGGGUGAUGAGCACUGAUGUGACAAAGCCAAGAGGUCCCUGCCCUUUGCCUCCACCGCUCUUCUCGGGACACUCUCCUCCCCUUUCUGGGCCUCAGUUUCCCCAUCAGUAAAAUGAGAGACUUGGACUAGAUGCCCAAGGUCCCUUUCAACUAUGAAUCUGAUGAUGUAAGGGAAAGAAGGAGGUUGGCAGUCGCGGACACCAGUCCCAGCGAUGCCUCGGACUUGCUGUGGGACCCGGAGCAAAUCCCUUCCUCUCUCUGACAUGUCUGUAAAAGUCGAGAAUUGGACUAGGGGAGCUGUGAGGUCCCUUCCAGCUCAGAGGUUUGGCAUCUGUGACUGGCACAGCUUUGGGAAUCAGGAUGGGUGGGGAAAGACCCCCGUUGGUGAGAGGAAACCCCAUCCCAAAGAGCCAGGAACUUUCACUUGGAUGAUCAUAUGCCAAUAAACAGUGUUCACGUGGACAA